AUCGAUUAGACGUGCUGUCGAACGCGCCGCCGCGAAGACUACAAAACCGCCAAGGGUGGUUACUGGUUAUUACCUUAUAUACAUAUACACACACACACACACACACACAUAUAUAUAUAUAGACGAUAAAGCAACAUACAUAACACACAUACCUAUAUUACUAUACAUAUUUACAAGAGCUUUACAGUUAACGCGUUGCGACGUUAUACCGUGCCCUACAUCGCCACCAGCUAACUCCCAAUAUAAACACAAUAAUAUUUUCUCUCUUAUACCUUCUAUAGGUACCUCUACAGUCUCUCUAUAGUAUAGAAUUCGACCGCACCCCCAUCUGGAGCGACUCCGCACAGUUCAACAUAAAUUUAUAAAUUUUUUUUUCCCCGUCUGUGUAUACACAUACAGUAUACAUUCAUUACGACUACACCCAUCCAUCGCUGACAGAUUGAACUAAAACGGACGUACAGCAAGUAUAUCGUUUACUAUUAUAUACAUUUGAAUAGACUCCUGCACACAUCACACGAUAAAUCAUAUAUAAUUGAAGACUGCGGCAUAAACGAUAUAUAGACGGAAAUAAAUUGGUCCAGAAUAUGUGGUAAAUAAUGAGACUACAAGGAGACAUGGAAUCAACCGAUGACGAGCUUGACCAAAGUGUGUUCGAAAAUAAAAAUGGCCUAGCUGAUGAUAUGGCGUUCCUGGCCAGUAUGCCCGAAUUAUGUGAUGUAACAUUUUUGGUCGGUGAAACGAGAGAACCAGUGUGUGCUGUAAAAGCAGUCCUAGCUGCAAGGAGUCGAGUAUUCCAUAAAAUGUUGUACCAACCACCGAGUCCCCAAAGAAAAAAAGAAGUUUUACCUAAAGAGACCACAAAACUAAGACGGCCUACAUUUCUUAAACGAAGCAGCGAACCACUUCUCAAUGUAAAAAAUGCUAAUACACAAACUCAAUCCAAUCAACAUCAAACAGUUGUAGUUGAUGAAUUCGAACCAGACGUGUUUCGCCAACUCAUUGAAUAUAUACACACUGGUUGUGUAACUUUGCAGCCCAGAACAUUAUUAGGCGUUCUGAAUGCAGCGGAUUAUUAUGGCCUGGAAGAUCUGCGAAAAGCUUGCACGGGUUUUGUUCAAUGUUGCAUAAAUGUGGACACGGUCUGCGCACUUCUAUCAUCAGCAGAACGGUACAUUCAAUACAAAUGUACCAAAAGCCUCGUGCAAAAGGUUUUGGAGUUUGUCGACGAACACGGUAACGAAGUGUUAAACCUCGGAUCAUUCGCUCUGUUACCACUACACGUGGUUCGAUUGAUAUUGAGCAGAGAUGAACUGAAGGCAGACGAAUUCACUAAAUUUCAGGCUGCGCUGAUGUGGACGAUGAAAUAUGGCGAUACUAACCCGAAUGUCGACUGGAAAGAAGUUUUUGUGGAAAAUUUCAUGUCAUCCAUUCAAUACCAUAAAAUACCGGCUAAUGUACUGAUGAAUGAAGUGGAACCUUUAAAACUAGUUCCAUACGAAGUGAUCAUGACAUCAUUAGCGUAUCAGGCAGACCCCUCCUGUGUCGAUCCCGACAAAUUGAAGAGGGCCUUGAGAAUGGGUAAUUAUCAUGGACUGAUGGGCAUCAGUAGUACAAUUGGCACCGUGACGGCUGAAAGGACCAUGUCGGUGCAGAGUUCAGGCACACACCAUGGUUCCAGUUCGACUAUUAGCUCCAUUGGAUCUAGUGAUCUAGUUGGUUCUGACAAAACUUGAUCCGAGAAAACUCCAAGUUCAUAGGCGUGCGCAUUAGCCUUAAUCUUGGUUUUACUUAAAUAAAAACUUACAAUUCGUUAUUAAUUAGAUAUUGCGUCUAAUUAAUUAGGUAUCGUUAAUAAA